AUGGAGCUACCGACAUAUACCAAGCAGUGGCAUAACGAUGUGUAUCCAGACAUUGACGCGUCUCGACCAGAACUCUCUGUCAAAGGGAAAAGAGUUCUUGUGACUGGGGGUGGUGGUGGCAUUGGAUCAGCAACUGCCAAAGCAUUCAUUGCCGCGGGGGCAGCAGAGGUCGUGAUCCUGGGUCGAACGAAACAGACUCUAGAAGCCACCAAGUCGGCCAUCUUGAGCAAACACCCGAACGCCAACGUUGUUUCCAUCGUGGCCGAUAUUUCGCAGGCUGGAAGCGUUACAGAGGCCUUUGCGAGCAUUGCUGGCAGAGGGUUAAUCGACAUCUUUGUCAAUAACGCAGCUUACCUGUCCAUUGGUACGGUUGGUACUUCAGACCCAACAGAGUGGUUCAAGGUCUACGAGACCAAUAUCAAGGGAUCCUUGCUUGUCACUCAAGCCGUCGUGAAGAACAUCAAUCCCAAAGACGGAAUCAUCAUCAACGUCACUUCCGCUGCCGGACACGUACCAUAUGUGCCCGGCUAUUCGGCCUAUGCCUCCAGCAAGCUCGCAUCUGCGAAAGCCUUUGAAUAUUUGCAGCACGAGAAUCCAGACUUAAAGGUCUUCAACAUUCAACCCGGUGUUAUCGAGUCUACCAGUCUCGGCACCAAGGCGACCGAGCAGUCCGGAAUAACUUUUCCAAACCAGGACACUGUUGAGCUACCUGCCAACUUCAUGGUCUGGCUGUGCUCGCCGGAGGCUGCGUUCCUGAAGGGACGAUUCGUCUGGGCCAAUUGGGAUGUGAAAGAGCUGCAGCAGAAAAAACAACUCUUUGAGAACGAUCCGACGCUGUUGACCGUUGGUUUGUUGGGCUGGCCGCAGUGA